CUCAGCGGCGCCGCGGCGUCUCCGAUGUUUCCACUCACAGCUGACUGGAGCAGCUCAGCCAGAACCGUGCCCGAGCAGUGACAGGCGGUUCCGGAGCCGGAUGGAGGUGGACCGGGGCGCCAUGGAGUGCGCCGUGGACGCGCAGAGCCUGAUCUCCAUGUCCCUGAUGAAGAUCCACAGCUCCAGGACGCAGCGCGGCGGCAUCAAGCUGCACAAGAACCUGCUGGUGUCCUACGUGCUGCGCAACGCGCGCCAGCUCUACAUCAAGGAGAAGUACGCGGAGCUCUACCGGAUGCAGCAGUACGAGGAGGUGAUGGCGGUCUGCAGCGGGAUCCAGGAGCUGGACCCGCUGGAGCCAGGGGCGGAGGAUGCGGAGCCGCAGGAGCCGGGACGCGCCGCGGGCUGCGCGGAGGAGAGCCGGGUGGCGGGCGGGCGGGAGCCGGAGCCGCCUUACUACCGGAGCUGCUGCAUGGAGGACCAGUUCUCCCAGAACUGCAACAAAACCACCGUACUGGACCUGGACACGCACGUGGUGACCACGGUGGAGAACGGCUUCCUGCACCAGGACUGCUGCUGCGCCGCCGCGCCGCAGUGCGCACCGGACGCGCCGGGCGCCGCGGCCAGGAAGCGGAAGGUGGACUCCGCCGCUUGCUGCCCGGACGCGGAGGAGCCGGCGGACUACACGGCGGGGCGGAAGCGGUUGAAACGGGAGGAGUGCUCCGGCGCGGACUGCAGCCCGGACGCCUCCAACAUCUCCAACCUGAUCUCCAUCUUCGGCUCCGGCUUCUCGGGGCUGCUGAGCCGCCAGGCCGACCUGGAGCAGGUCUGCAGCAAGCAGGCGCUGGCCAGCCUGGGCGCCUGGACCCGCGCCAUCGUGGCGUUCUGAGCCGCCUCUUCGUGACCAACCGUUUCGUACCGUGUCCGACGCGCUGAUUUGUAACAUUUUUAUUUCGUCAUGAAUAUAAACGGUCAUAAAUGUUCCGAUGUUCGGUUGGUUCUGAUCUGGUUCGGUUCGGUUCGGCAGAGUCAGAAUCAGCUGUUUCAUGCUCGGGUACGAAAUGGUGCAGGGACGGAACGAGCACGGCAGGGAGACCGGGCUCAGCUGUUCUGUGUGGGAACAUUUCAGAGGCGGGUCCAGAGUUUACAGGUGGGGGGCCCCAGAGGGCAGGGGGCCCCACAGGGGCCCCGUUUUGGUGGUCCUCCACUCUUCUUCUUCUGCUGCUGCGUCUCAUUUCUAUAGUUACACAGUAAAACAUGAACAGCAAUAAUUUGGUUUAUUUUCACAACAAAAGAGAAAUUGUGGAUUUAUUUUUUUGUCAUGUUUCUUGUUCCUACAUUUAUAAAUGUCAGACUUUCAAACUAAAUAUUAAAUCAACAAGCUAAAUAUUUAACUUUCAACUAAAUAUCCACCUCCAAACUAAAUGUUUACAAACUAAAUGUCGGAUCAACACGGCGCCUUUCCUGGCUCAAUAAUUGGAAUCAUUUUUGCUGUUUUGCUGCGUGGCUUUAAAAAUGUCUGCAGAGCCAACAGGAAGUGACACGUUUGCACGUUUCAGGCCGAGUCGGCCAUCUUGACUCGCCUGACAUCCUGAACUGGUCCAGGUUUUACCUCAGAGCGGCGUGUCGAAACCUGAACCAGGAAGUGGAGGAUGCAGCUGAGCUCGGCCUCCGAACCGGGUCAGAACCGGGACAGAACCGGGGUCAGAACCCGGACAGAACCCGGACAGAACCGGGUCAUCCCUGAGGAACUCCCGUUGCCUUAACUCUGAAGCUCGCUGAACGUUUUCAGCAGCAUGUUGGAGAAACAGACUCCAGAUCUGAAACGUGGAUGUGUUUCCAUCAUGGCCGCCGUUCUGCAGAGUCCCGGCUCGGUUCCGUGGGUCCGAACAUUGUGAGAACGGAUCGGAAUUAGUCCUUUUGUUUUAGAAAGGGAAGCUCCUGGUUUCAGCGCCGCCCGGGGAUCCUGCGCUAGCUUUACGAGCACUAUGUGUACCAAAAACAGAGAACUCAGCCAUUCUCCACAUAUUUUCUUUGUUAUUCUUGUAUUUUUGUGCUUAAUAAAUUGUUUAUCUCCGGGUCAAACUGUUCGAGAAA